CUGGGAGCUCGAGUCUGCUUCCCGCCAUCUCGCGGUGGUGACGGACUGUUCGGGCGGCGCGCGGGAGCGGUAUCCAUGGGAACGGGCAGACCGGUUUGUUGGUGGAGUUGACGGCUGCUUGCAAGCCUGAUUUAAAUGUUUGCACAAAUGGCACUAAUGAAAGUGUAUGGCCAGAUCCGUAUCCACAGCAUCCAGACUGGCACCACAAAAUGGAGGGAGGGUAGCUUUGAAAUCGUCGAGAAGGACAAUAAAUCUUCUCUGGUCGUGAUCUUCAAGUCUGGAGGCCCUGCUAAAACAUUCCAGCUCAGCCAAAAUGUGAAGGUGGUGCAGAUCAGCCCCUCGCUGAAGCAGCACAGCCGGCUGCUGGUGACGUUGCAAGACAAGAGCAGCUUGAUUAUCGACAAGGCUCUGAGCACUGAUGCUCUGCUCCUGAAAGAAUACCUGGAGGAGCUCAGCUCUGGCGGGAUGAAGACUCGUCAAGGAUCCAGCAACUUUGGAGGAAUGUUAGGAAACAGACUUGUCUCAAAAGAAUCUCACCGUCAGCUCUCAAAUAUAGAGAAUCAGACGCCAGGGAGGCGAGAUGAGACUCCAAACUGGAAAACCGUGAGCAGUCCAGGCCGAUCAAAUCUUCAGCAUGGGCCUAAAGCUCUGCAGGCGAGCGGCACGCCAGGCAGCCGGCUGGGGCCAGCAUUUACUUCAACCUCUCAUGCUAUAUCCAGAGCAGUCAAGUCAGAGAACAGGAGUGAAAAAAGAAAGAGGCUGCUUUCCCCAGACUUGGAGCUGACUGAAGAUUAUCCCAAAGAGAAUGAUGCUUCCAGCAACAAUAAGGCAAGUGGAGACUCUGGUCGGAAAUUCUUGAGCAGUUGCCGUGAAAAGCAGCUGAGCCUGAAGCAGGUUGAAGAGAACAGGAGUUCUGGUGUGAUGCCACUCCAGUCCUUCUAUGGAAGUCGAGCCUCUUCUAAGGAUUAUUCCGCAGGGAACUCGUUCUUGGACAGGUCUGGCCUUUCGGGUCAAUUUCCCUCGGCAAAAAGAAACCUGGGAUUUUUACCUCAGCCCAUACCCCAGUCGGUGAAGAAACUGCGUCCAAAUCAAGAUUACAUGGGAUGGAAUAAGCCACGGGUGCCCCAUCCAACCCAGCUCCCACAGCAGCUUCAAGGGUUUUCAAACCUUGGCAAUACCUGUUAUAUGAAUGCCAUCCUGCAGUCCCUGUUUUCUCUUCAGUCUCUCUCAAUGGACCUUUUGAAGCAGGGAAUCCCCUGGAGGAAGAUCCCAGCGAAUACUCUACUGAAGCGGUUUGUCCAGCUCAUGGUGAAGAAGGAUAACUGUAGCAUGGAGGUAAAGAAGGAGUUGCUGAAGAAGGUGAAGAGCGCCAUAUCAGCCACUGCAGAGAGGUUCUCAGGAUAUGUGCAGAACGAUGCCCAUGAAUUCCUGAGUCAGUGCCUGGACCAGCUGAAGGAAGACAUGGAGAAGCUGAACAAAACAUGGAAGAAUGAGCCAGUGGCAGGCGAUGAGAGUCCUGCGGGUCGAGUAUGUCAUGAGGCCGGUGCUGCCAGGGUCUAUGCCUGCCCAGUCAUUUGCAACGUGGAGUUUGAGGUCCUGCACACAAUCAGUUGCAAAAUGUGUUGUGAAAGUGUCACCAAGCGGGAGCAGUUCAAUGAUCUUUCCAUCGACCUCCCACGGCGGAAGAAGCAGCUGCCCCCAAGAUCGAUCCAGGAUUCGAUAGACCUCUUCUUCAGGGCUGAAGAAAUCGAAUACUCCUGUGAGAAGUGCAAUGGGAAAAACGCAGUUGUGACCCACAAGUUCAGCAGGCUGCCCAGAGUCCUCAUCCUCCAUUUGAAACGGUACAGUUUCAACGUGCAGCUGUCUCUGAAUAACAAGCUUGGUCAACAGGUCAUCAUCCCCAAGUAUCUGACUCUGGCUGCUCACUGCACUGAGACGACACGAGAGCCCUUUGCACUUGCCUGGAACGGACAAGGUCCAAUAUCACGGCCACUGAAAACCUCUCAGUCAGUGAACUCUACAACUGCCCCUUUCACGUUGGGAAGGAAAUACUGUUUCAAGUCUUCGAUUGUGAUCCAAGACUCUGAUAGUGAGGAUGAGCAGGUGAGGCGGGCCAUGGUGAUCAGCAGGCAGAUGAAUGAGCAAGCUCAGCGAGAGACACGGCAGGAGGAUGAGGAAAUGCAACUGGCUCUGAAAGCAAGCAAGCAGGAGAUAGAGCACCCGCCCACCACAGCAGUGCUGGAUUCUUCUUUUGACAAGAUGAGUGACGACGAGUUGUUGGCUGCCGUGCUGGAGAUCAGCAAGCAGGAAACCUCUCUGUCCCUCAGUGCAGAGGAGGAUCAGGAGAAGCCCAGCAGUAGCCCUGACACUGGCUUCGGGGACGACGAAGCCCAAGAACUCUUGGAACAGCACGAAGGGGCAGCAACAGAUGGAUCCAGAAACCCCACUGACACAGGAAUCGACACUAAUGAAGCCAUAAAGGACUUUGAUGAGAAUAAGGAGAAUAAGACUCCGAAGGGUUCUCAGGGUGAGAUGGACUGGAUGCAGCAGUAUGACCUCGACAGGGAGCGGGAAGAACAGGAGCUGCAGCAGGCUCUGGCCCAGAGUCUCCAGGAACAGGAGGCUCGGGAGAUGAAAGAAGAUGAUGACCUGAAACGAGCCACAGAGCUGAGUAUCCAAGAGUUCAAUAACUCAUUUGGAGAUCUCAUGGGCUCGGAUGAAGACUCUGGCAAUGAAGAAAUUCUGGACAUGGAUUAUAGUGAAGCUGAAGCUGAGGAAUUGAAGAGGAAUGCUGAGACAGGUGAGCUCGCUCACUCCUAUAGAUUGAUCAGUGUCGUCAGUCACAUCGGCAGCUCCUCUUCCUCUGGUCACUACAUCAGUGAUGUGUUCGACAUAAAGAAGCAGACCUGGCUGACAUACAAUGAUCUGGAGGUGUCCAGGACAGUGGAAGGAACAGUCCAGGCAGACCGAGACAAGAGUGGCUACAUAUUCUUCUACAUGCACAAGGAGAUACUAGAGGAGCUGGUGGAGACAGAGAAGAGUCAACAGCCAACGGGUCUGGACUGCAGCAGACCAGUGCUACAACCUCUGUGACAGGCAGUGGCAAGUUACUCAAACCAGGGACUGAAUAUCGUUUACAGCUAGUCCUAGGGGGAAAAAUACCUCUCAAAAUAGUGAUAGAUCUCUGCCAGCGUGCACUGGUCAGGGUGCUGACCCUUGUGGUCAUUCCAAGCCAGGGAAAGGUGCUGGAAUUCAACACAGUGUGUUGGGCUCACUCCUCUAGGCAACUUGCACCAGACUUUUUCCUAUGAAUCCUGGUCUGGUACUGGUGUCAAUCUGUCUCUAUUUCCAAAGAUUCCCACGGAAUUCAAGAUGGAAUCCUACCAUGAGGCUGUUUGGACAUGAGGGUUUUAUAUGUUUUUUUUAAGGAAAAGAAAUAUAUAGUAUAUCAAACUAAAAUUGCUCUUGCCCUACCGAGGUUUUGGUGUGUCAAAGGGGAAUGGUCCUGAUUCAUAGCCUCAUGUGGUUGCUUUAAGCUUUCUGGAGCUCCCCUAGGCAUUCAAACCUUAGUGCUGAUGCAGGGGUUAGACUUCAUUUUGUAUUGUUAAGUUGUGAUAUGUAAAGGUUUUUUUGAAGGCCGUAGCAUUAAUUCUGUAUUAACAUGUUUCCAAUGGGGUGUCAUGUUUUCUCUCUUUGGGGGAAUGGAAGACUUUUGAAUCUUGGUUUUUCUUGUCCAACCUGACCAGAUGCUGAGGCCGUCUGUUCUAUCAGAGCCUUGUGCUAACCCCCACACCCACCCUCCCUGGCUUUUCUCAUCCGGCUGACCAUUUGCUGUGGCCUUUCUGAUCUGUUGGAGCUUUGUGCCCCACUCACCCUCCCUCCCUCUUUGUGCUCGAACAGCCAUGAGUGUUCCACAGAAGUCGCUAUCAAGGUGUCCCCAUGCUUGUGCCAGCAACAGAAGGUUUGCAAUCUUCACACAGCAACAGACCAGCUUGUGUGCCUUAAAUGAAAGCCACCCUAAUCAAAGAGCUAUCUACUGUUAAUUGUGUUUUGGUUUUAUCAAGAUUUUUAGGGUUUCUAGUGAUCUUGCUGGCUCCCUGUGUUGAGGUGAGAAAGAAUCCCUCAGUUCCAGCAACACCACUUCACUCUACACUUUACUUUCUGCACCUCAAGGUCCGUGCCCUGGAAACCAUCGCUUCGCCUCACCCAUGAUGUGCUCUUGAAGAGACAAGAGCAAGGGAAGGGCCUUGACUGUGGAAACAAGCUGUGGCAUCCAUUGAAUGAUGGCAUGUGAUGGUGGUGGGGUCAUUCCCCAUUGAUCUACACAGGUUGUAAUGUCGUCUCACUGGUAUAAGAUCCACAGAGUUUAGACUCCCUUGCAUAGCUGAGCAUGCAUUGAAUAAGUCAGUGCAUUAGAAGUGGUUCUGUUGUAACCACGGCGCCCUUGUGUGCGAUGUUUCUGCAGUGAAACAGUGCUUGAUGAGACUCCCAGUGUUGGACAGACUGCCGUCUCAGCAGUUCCCAGCACUUCAUGCUCACACUCCAGAUGUGCAGAGGUGCUGCUGUUAAAUUUGAGGUGCAUCUCUGCAUCUGGCCUGCAGUUAGAGACAGCAUGGCGAGUAUCCACCUCCUUUUUAGUUUCUUCAGCUAUGACUCUGUCAGUCUCCCUUCCCCUAUUGGAUGGCUGGUGUCUGUCCCAGCCUGCCUCUUCCUUCUCACUGCCUCUUUUUUCACCCCCGAUAUUGCAGAGGCUUUGCGCUGUGGUGAUUGCAGUGAGGUGAAGCAAUCUGUGAGUGGUGGUGAAGCCUUGGGUAGCAGGAGCUGAGACUCUGCCCAUGGACUCCACAGACACCUCAGGUGGUCAGGCCUUCUCCAUAUUUUCUAAAUCCCACUGACAUUCUAAAACAUUUAAGUAAGGGGAAAAAAUUUAAAAUUGUUUAUUUAAAUUCACUUUUAAGUUAUGUGUUAAUUAAAAAUAAAACGCAAGUAGAAAACUCGCACUGUUUGGCUUCAGUUAAUUUUACGUGAAGGCCAAAUGCUCCUGAUCUGGCAAGUGAGGUCACACCAGCUUUGUCAACAAUGGUCAAUGUAAAGAUGGGAUGGAGAAAGGCUGAGAACGUUAUCAGACCACAACUGGACCCUGCAGUAAGUCUUUCCCAGCAGUGAUUCUGCUGUCCCGUCCAUACAGCAGACCGGAUCAGUCAAGUAUUGUGUCUGGUACUCUUGGACACCGGGCUGUGAGGAAUGCCCCUUGCCCCCACACCCCCAAACACCCUCCCCCAGGGUCAUUUCUAUGGAUCAAACACUGGCCUGCCCUUUUGUUUACCUCAGCUUGCUUGGUUGUAGAUAUGGAACGGGACAAUGGUGGGUGGGUGGAGGAUGGGGAUGUGGUAGCUGGGGGCACCUUCUCUCCAAGUUAGAGGAUAGUGGUGUCUAUCUGUAUGAGAUGAAAGCUACUUCAGAGAUGCCCCGUCUCUGUGUGGGAAAGGGAAGAACAGCUUCUUCACUCAUGCCUCUCAUCUGGUUGUCACAAUCCAGAUCACCUGAGUCCUAUAAAUUUCCAGCCAUUAGCCCUGUUCUCUAAUAUGUUAACCAGAGUGGGGCUCUGUAUUAGUGCAGGAGUAACGUUCACAUUUGCACAGACCAAGUCAAAUGAAGCCUCACGAAGCAACUAUUGGGAGGCCUCCUCACUUAUGCGUGCUAAUCUGUCCACAGCAGGACUUCAGCACUCUGAGUUCCCUCCUUUGUGGAGCCCCCUCAGCUUCCCUGGUGUUAGUCCUUGCUUGUCCCUUCCUCCCAUCUCCUGAUACAUUGAGCCAGUCACCAGGUCCUGUUGAGGCCUGGCAGCUUGCAGUCAGAGGUUGACAGACCCAUAGGAUUAGGACAUACUUGUUAGCAACUAAUCCUAAUGUCUGGUGCCUGAAUGCUCCCUACCUGGCAGUGCGAGAAUGACUAGCCAACAUAUUCUGUCCUGUCUGAGGUCAGAUUGAAUUUCAAUUGGGAUCUCACCUCUUCUCCAGCCCCCAAUGAAAUCACAAUCUCACUGAAGUAACCAGCUGAUGCUGCACUCUCAAAUAGUGCAGAGGUUUUGUUCUUUCCCUAAUUAUUUUUGAAUUGAGUGCUAUUGAAACAAUCAUUGGUGUUGUGGCCAGACCUCUGAUCAACAGGCUGGCCUGUUAUCUGUUGGCAAUAACUUAUAGUUCAACAAUUCUUGGUUGAGGUCACCCUUAAAGAUCUGAUCUUCCUCGCCACUAAAUACUCCUACAAACACUUCUUCCUCUGCAUGUUUAUCCCACUUUCAUUUACCCGGGUUUCACAUUUGGCAGUAAGCAGAGAUGGCUGUGACGGCAGGUUAUGAUGUUCCGGAAACACUCUGUUCCAAGCUAGCUGCUCCUGAGACACCACAUCUGUCUUUUUCCCCAUCCCUUCAGGCAGUCAGUUGUCCACUGUCCUUUCCUUGCAGUUAGGAUUGCUUCUGUGAAAUCUGUGGAGUACCUUCAUUAAUGGUUAAGGUUUUGUACAGAUUGUUACUAGGACAGUAAUACAGACUGGACUGAUUUAAUGUUGCAGGGAACUAAAAGAGUCACUGUACCCUCCAGACUUCCCUCGUUGUCCCAUUAGACACUGAUCACAGUUGGGGGUGUGGGUUUAUAGUUCUGUAUUCAAGCAGGAAGGACAAUCACAUUAGCACUGAUGACAGUGACAGGCCGAGGGCCCAGACUGAGUCAAAUGAAGCCUCACUAAUGGCAUGCUCCUCUGUCCACAGCAGAAGACAAGCAGAAGGGCUGAUUUUCUGGAAUUCUCACUUUUUAUUUGUCAUUUCCUGAGUAUGGCCUAGCCGCCAGGUCACAACAACCGGGUCUCCAAUGUGACUGCUUGUAUUUAUAUAAUAUAUAAAUAUAUAUAUAUAUAUAUAUAUAUAUCUAUCCAGAUAUUUAUGUGUGUAAAUGAUCUUGUGUCAGAGCAGACCAUAAGAGUUGCGUGGAUGUGACACUUCCGACUUGAAAUAAGGGCUCAGUUCACAACCCCACCUACACUGGUUCGGUGCGUACAAUCUCCUGUGUCCACAGUCCAUGGUGACGCAAGAUUGUCUCCCUUCAGGUGUGACUGAGAGCAGCGUUUCCUAUAUUUAAGGUUUUUUUCUGUGUUUUAGCAGAUGAGUUUUGCCUGUGACUAUUGCUGCUGUCCCUGUGAUGAUUUGUUUUUUUUAAACAGCUCCUGCAAAUCUGAUUUGUGACAAUAAAACUCAUGAAUCUGUUUAACAA